AUGGGAGCAAAUAUAGCAAUACCUGAACGUAAGAACUUGGACACUAUUCCCAAACUCGUCAAACAUUGGUCCGUGUCACUGCCAGACCAAGAACUGUUUGUUUUUUACAAUGGCGACCGGCGAGAAUCGUACACGUGCAGGCAAGUGUUCCAGCUAGCAGGCAAGUUCUCCAGCCGCUUGAGGCACCAGUACGGCUUUAAGAAAGGGGACAUCAUUGCCAACACGCUGCCCAAUUCUCCAGAGAGAGUCUUCACCGACCUGGGCAUCAUCCUGGCAGGAUGUGUUACCCUGAAUGCUGCGACGAUGUUUGCGGACGGGUCAGAUUUCUUGACCUCUGCAAACAACAGUGGUCUCCUGGCAGCCAUUGUAUGUCCAGAAGGAAACGGGCCAGCAUGGAGAAUUCUGAAAAAUUACAUCCGCGGAGACGCCACGUCAUCCACAGCUGUGUUUGCAUGUGACAAGGCUCCUUUAAUGGAAACAGCCAUCCUGGUGUCCAGACAACCUACAGGGUCCAGAGGGCACUUCCUUCAUGAGUUACAGGACAGCACAGAGCCGAUCUUUGUGGAGCAGGGCGUCCAGCCGGACGACAUCCUGAUAGUCCUAACAACUUCCGGCAGCACUGGCUACUGUAAACUUGUAGCAAAAACUCACAGAGAUCUCAUCGACCAGUGGCUGGACGCGUGUAAUUAUGUCACGGAACACUCCCGCCAACAGUGGACCACUAAUGUCAUCUACAACGACAGACUAAUUGGUUGGUUGGGAGGCUUUCCUUUUGGCACCUAUAUCAAUGCGGAUACUCGAGUGUUGCUGGACGUGUUCGAUACUCAAGGAUUGAAGGUUGGUGCCGAUUUAUGGAAAAUCAUCUGUGCGGAAAAAGUCGAUUACGCCAUUAUCUUGCCGCUGGACCUCGACUACCUGAUGAAUCACACCAGCUUUGCGGUCGCGGCCGAUUAUAAAAUGAAAAUGAUUUGCUGCGGCGGUCAGCCGAUUAGAAAGGACCAGUUUCUCAGUUACUAUGCUGUAGCCCGAGAAGUCAGUGUGGUGUAUGCAACAACCGAGGCGGGGCUUCUCUCAUAUGACAUUCUUCAAGUGUCGGGGAUCUCGUCCAUUGUUGCAGAGAACAAGGUGAAGGACUACUUCUGUGGACAGGUGGCGCCAGGAGUCGAAGUGAGAAUCGUGGAUGCCGACAACAAAGAGUGUCAAACAGGACAAGUAGGGACUAUACAUGUCAAAGGCAGGGCGGUGUUCAGGGGAUACGUGAACCGUGUAGAGAACCCGGACCCCAAGACUCUGUUGGCCUUCACCAAGGAUGGCUGGCUGAACACGGAUGACAGCGGUUACUUUGAUGAAGCCAGAAACUUGUAUGUCCUGGGCAGGUUGAAAGACGUCAUUACCUUCGGAGCCGCGUUCGUGUACCCGGGUUGGCUGGAGCCUAAGAUUACCCAGCACCCAGCGAUCAGCGAGGCCUGCAUCGUUCCUGUGUCUGAUCCCGUUCUGUAUCAUAACAUCUGCGCCAUCGUGAAGCCGGUUGACGGCAGCGACCUCAGCUUGCAGGAGCUAGAGACGAUUUGUCGAGACAUCUUCUUGACGGACAAGGACAUGGAGGGCACACCUGUACCCAAGUUUUAUCUGAUCCUGCAGGACUUUCCACAAACAGCGACUGGGAAAGUUGACAGAAAGAUCCUACAGAAAAUGGCAGAGGAAAAGUUUGGAGUUCACUGA